GGACAGAGAUUUUAGCCCAGGAGGACGGUACUUUAAAUACAUACAGCAAAAGGACAGGGGACCUCAGAAAACUCGAGUACUGUUCUAAAAUUAUCCUCACAGCCUUGUUCUUUGCAUUACCUUCAGCCACCAAAGGCAACAUCACAAACAUUGAAACGUAUACCCUACAAUCCAGUGGAUUUCGCCUCAAAAUUUCAGCAUCGAAAUACUUAUUUGAAGACACCAUCAUCACAAUGGAUUUACAGCAUGUGGAGAUACCGAGAACAGUGGAGGGGUUCUCGAAGUUGGUGGUGGGUGCUAAAACUAUUCUAUCCUGGAAGGCGCGAACCAGAAGAAAUACCAUGCGAUUUUACGAAGCAUUGAAUAAUGGCCAUAAACGUUUGAUUAACGGAGCCUUUUUUUCGCCAGUUAAACUAUCCGUCUAA